CGGAGGGAGGAGGAGGAGAGGAGGUGGAGAAAUGAGCAGGAGAGGAGGCGGAGAGAGGAGGAGGAGAGGAGGCGGCAGGCCCAGCUGGAACGAGAGAGGAGGAUCCAGCAGCAGAUCGACGAGGAGAACCAGGCCUCCCGCCAUAAGCUGACACAGGCUUACCAGGACCUGCAGGAGGAGCAGAACCUCCAAACUCGGACGUUCCACCAGCAGCAGACGAUCCUCCUGCACCAGCCGGUGGACGACCACACCGCUCAGAUCGACAGAGACGAGUUUGCUGAUGUUGCUGAGAAAUUUGAGGAGCUGUUGGAUAAGUACCAAAUCACGGAGGUUGAAACCGAAGAAAGUGACCUAGAAGAGAGGAUGAAGACUCUCCAAAAUGAGCUCACACAGAAAUAUUUCCAAGAGCACCAGAUUCCCAUUUGGUCACUGCUCGCUUUGGACCAGGCAACCAGAUAUGUAGACUUGUCUCUGACGGAGAGGCUCAGCGUCCUGGAGGCAGUGGUUAAGGUAACUGUGGAAGGCAGUUGCGGCUUCGAGGACGCUCAAGACAAGAAGCUUGAAUUCCUCCUCAGUUUGCAAGAGCAGCUACAUGUUGAGAAUCCGACACUGGCCCAACAAGUUCUGGUAAAUGUUCUGAACCUGACUCCACAGCUGGCCGCGACAGCAAAGGAGAUCCUCAGUCACAUCCUGUUCAACAAGAUCUGGACACCAAAGGAAAUCAAGCUUUUCAUCGGGAGGGCCCUGAGCCACAAUCAGGAGACAGUGACGGAGGUCCUUCACAGAGUUUGCACCUACAGCCUGAACUGCAUUGUCGCCCUCACAGCUUUGAACGAGAGACGCCCGCUGGACUACAUCCAGGACUGCAUUUCCGAUGAGAUGGACAAAGAUGUGGAUGCUGUCCUGAGUGAAAUGCAGGACAAAAACUACCCAGAGGAUCUCCUGUGGCUGCUGGGAGAUGUGCUGAGGUAUAUAGAAAAGGAACUGCCAAUACACCAGAGUGUGGACAUUAAUUCGCAGAUGAUUUGUGAAGGUAAACGCAGGAUCAUGUCGCUUGAUUUGUCUGCGCCUGACAUCGAUGUUCUGAAGAGAGUGCUGGUUGUAAUGUCCAUCGCAGUGAAAACGUGCACCACAUUAACUACUUAUGAUGGAAGAGUUGAAGGCUACUUCCCGAGACUCUCUCAGCUGGCAGCGUUACUGCUGCUGCUGCUGCCACAGUUGGAAGACAAACGAGGCUGUCUCUUAGAAAUCGGCACUGGGGAGGGCAAGACGUGCAUCUUAGCCAUGUUCGCCACCAUCCAGGCCGCCAGAGGUGCAAAGGUGGACAUCGUGACAAGCUCCCCUCUGCUUGCGAUCCGUGAUCAAGACGAGUGGAGUAAAUUAUUUGAUAUGUUUGGUGUGACGUCAUCCAUCGUGCCUCCACCAAAUAUGUAUAACUGCUCUGCUGAGCAUCAGGAGAAGAUGAUUAAGGAUGCAUACAGCAAGCAGGUGGUUUAUGGAACUGUCGGUACAUUCGCAGCAGAUACACUAAGGCAGGAGUUUGAGAAGAAAACUACUCGAGGCUCAAGGAAGUUUGACUGUGUGAUUGUGGACGAGGUGGACUACAUGACGUUGGACAGUGGAGUCCAAGUGACAUUUCUGUCUCACCAAGCCAACGGCUUGAGACACAUUGAGCAGGUCCUAGCCAGUAUCUGGGCCCUGAUGUCCGCCUGCCGACCAAUAGCACUGCUUGAGACGGGGGAGAUCUGGUGGGGAACCAGGAUCCAGCACUUUCACAAGGUCGCGCUGCAGGCUGUGAUCGGCUCAGGGUCUGAGGACUUCUCAGCCAACGACAUCCUGGUGAUGGGAGUCCAGAAGGGGCUGUACUCUCAGCAGGACCUGGAUGCAUUAAACGACGCAGAGAGUCGGACAGACAGUGACGGCUCUGAAGAUGCCAAGCGGGAAGCCAUUGAGAAAAUCAUGGCCAACGUCGGGCCUGAAGAACAGUACCAGCUGCUGAGCGAACUCGGGAUGAUAACAGUAAACAGUGUGGUUGUAGAUUAUUACAUACUGGAGAACAACCUGGCCAGACUAUACAGGGAAGAGUCUCAUGAAGACACGAACAUCUGCAUGCUUCUGCUGGAGAGAGGCCGAGCCUGCGAAAUCAUGUCCGAGGACUCACUAAUCGAGGUGACGGUCGACAAACUAAAGUCCAGAAUUAAAUACUCCCAUGACUGUAACCUGGACUCCUUGGAGGAAUCUAAAGGAUUCAUUGUGAUCCCGUCUUUCUUGGAGAAAUACAUCGAGAAUCAGUUGCCAGUUUUUGCUGAGAACGCCUUAAAAGCCAUCCAGAUGACACGAGGAAGAGAGUACAUGAUUGACAAAGCCCCUGAAGCUGACAGAGUAGGCUCCAGUGAUGCAGAUAGUCACAAGUAUGAUGCCAUAAUUCCUGUGGACUUUCAGGCUAGUGGAGUGCUGGAGAAAAACCGGCGCUGGGGUGAUGGCCUGCAACAGUUCCUGGAGAUGAAGCACCAGCUAGCGAUUUCGCCGUUGUCCAACGUGACGAAUUACAUGUCAAAUGUCCACUUCUUCAAAAGGUACCUGANGCUAUUAGAAUAA